AUGUGGGAUCCACACCACUUAAAAACGCUUUUCAAGGAACUAUCUACAAGGGAGAUAUCCGAGCAACUGAAAGUCAAGAUUGAAAUUUGCAAGCGUUUCAACCCAGGUGACAUAGUUUUGGAAAAAGUUAGCUUUCUAGGUAAUGCACAGCCCAAUUACCUACUGAGCACAGCUGAAAACAAGUUAGUGGUAGGGAUAUCCCACGGUGGAUCAGGUGUCCAGAUGGCUCCCAUCAGCUGGUGCAAGAUGCAAUGUCCUAAGACCCACAAAGAAGCAUUCCAAAAAGUGGCCAGAGUACAGCCAGAGUGUCUUCAAAGCUAA